UCCACUUUUUAUUUGUCAAACGUUUUGCCCGAUUUCCUGAAGCGUUCGAAAAUAAAAAAACAUAUAACCCGGAGCUGCCAGCCAUUAAGAUUCAUCCAAAACCACCAUACCCCGAAACAUUCAGAGUCCCUGAGUUCGAUAAGACACAAAAAAGAAAGAAAAAAAAAAUAGUAUAAAACACAAGCACAACUUACACACCAACCCGUAAUUGCAUAUCUCCCAGAAUCAGUAUCACUGAGAAACUUUUCAACCAUAGGCCUAUCCGAGACCGCCAUCAUGGACGUAAUGUCAUCAUCUCUGCAGCAGCAGCGCAUCGUCGUGGACCAGCUGCGUCGGGAGGCGGCCAUUGAGCGCCAGACCGUUUCGGAGUCGUGCGCCAAGAUGAUGAAGUACAUCACGGAGCACGAGCAGGAGGAUUACCUGCUGACUGGGUUCACCAGCCAGAAGGUGAAUCCGUUCCGCGAGAAGUCAUCCUGCACCGUUCUCUAAGGAGGAUGUCCCAGGAGGAGGAGCAGGAGCAGGAAGAGAACGAGGCGAGUAAGGCCGGCGGACGAUUAGUUUAUUUUUAGUUUAGCAAGAUGGAUUUAAGAAGCGAAUGUGUGUGUACCAGUCAACGCCACCUGGAUCAAUAUAUCUUUGUGUAAAAGCAACAAUAACUACGAUUGUCAUAAGCAAUAUAGUUACAAGAAGUUUGUAUUCCGAUUGCAAGGAAUCUAUAUAUAUAUAUAUAUAUAUAUAUUUAUGAAUAUAUAUCUCGAUAUAUCAAUGUGUACCCCGUGUAAUGUCCGAAAAGAAACAGAGGAACCCAACAAAUCCAAUUUCAAUUCCAAUUCCAAAACUAGAAUCGAGGCAUUUGUUAUGAAAAUAUCAGAAAGUUGUUUCCUUCCCAAUUAGUAAUGCUGUUAAAUGUACACGAAUAUCCCAACUAUACCGACAAUUAAUGCGCUGACUCUAGCAUCUACUACUAAACUACCUAAGCCGAAGUAUAAACCGGAACACACAUACUCUUAUAUACCAACAACUAUCAACGUAAUCCGACAUACAAAUUUAUCAAUAAACGAAGAAAACACAACAGAAACAGAAAUACAUAUAUUUUGCCUUCUUAUUUCGAGAAUAUCUCUUAUAUUUAUUGAAGAAAAUUGAACAUUGAAAAUUGAGAUGAUAACGAGAUGAGAUUAAGAAGAAGCAGAACAACAAGUUGAAUUGAAAAUGUAUGUAUUUUGAAGCUUAUUAUUAACCACCAGCGCGUGGAUCGAAACUAUCGACAGAUAUACGCAAAUAUCUUAUUACGUUAAAAAGCUUUAACACAAACAAGCUAGUUGAACUUAUCGCAAUGUUUAGUGCGUUUAUUAUCAAGUUUUUAUUAGUCCAAUUAAAUAUAUUACAAACUGUUGCAGUAACGCAGCGAGAGCAUAUAAUACCAAAGAAUCGAAAGAAUAAUCAAAUACUUAUCUCUUUAGAUUGUAGUUUCUCCAAUUUAAUUCUCACUAUGGCGUAUUCUUGCCAAUAUCCAGCAAAUAUUCAAAUAAUAAUGAAAGCGUUUUGUUUAAAAGCCAAUACUUCGCUUCAGUCUACCCAUUUGUUACCGUUAUUUUCAACCUUAAAUCCCGGCAAGAAUCCGAUGAAACCGAAGACUGUCAGCUUCUCACCAGUUUAGCGGAAAUGACUAAAUACAAAAAGAAUGUGUGAUUUUUCCCCCUCUCU